AUGCCUCCCAAGCUGGUAAACACGAAAGUCAUAAGAGGGCCUUUCGAGUGGGAGCAAAACGUGACCGGGGACUGUCGACCUUGCGACGUGCUGGUCCCGUUCACGUACGUAAAGAACAGAGUUUACGUCGAGGCGGAUGACAAGAACAAUAAAAACGGAAAGAAGAAAGACAAAAAAAAAAACGAGCGGAGGUUCACGGAAGAGACGCGAUACGAGUUCAGACGAUGCACAUGCCCCUAUCCCAAGACGCACAUCGAAGGUGGGAACGAUUUAGAAACGUGCCCGUUCAACGCGAUUCAAAGAGGAGAAGUUCUUUUCCCUCUGCACGUGUAUCAAGAUGACAACGGAAAAGGUUUCUGCGUGAGGGCGAAACAGAAGAUUCCGAAAGGCGGCUUGAUAUGCGAAUACGUCGGGGAAAUCAUCACUCAAAAGGAGGCGGCCAAGCGCGAGCGAAACUAUUCUCAGCUCGGUUUAUUUUACUUGCACGACGUCCAUACGAAUUACAGAUCGAAGCGAAAAAGCCCAAUUGAUCGAUCUAACAAAAUCGUUAUUUCAAUGCAGUACAAAGAGUAUACGAUCGAUGCGACGAUGUGUGGUAACGUCGCGCGCAUGCUCAAUCAUAACUGCGAACCUAACGUGACAACUCUUGAAGUCGCUGUCGUUCGGGACCCAGCUUUGUCCGGUGACGCAGCGAGGGUUCCAAAGUUGCCAAGAGUUGGAUUCUUUGCCACGAGAGAUAUCGAAGCAAAUGAGGAGCUUUGCAUCGAUUACAGUCCCGGUAGGCGUGGCGACGAUUUGCAGGAGGUGAUGGAAUGCUUUUGCGGUUCGAGAAAGUGCAAGGGCUGGUUAUUCUGA